AUGGAGGUACCAGAAGUCACCUGCCCUGCCUCGCCUGCCAGGGACCAGCCAGCUCCUGCUUCUGGCCCCCCAGGGGUCCCAGGUGGGCAGGCCUUGCCUCGCCUGACCCUGGGCCCCGUCAUCCUGCCACCGGAGCAGGGCCUGGCCCCCACCGUGUUCCUGAAGGCCCUGCCCAUCCCACUGUACCACACAGUGCCUCCAGGGGGCUUCCAGCCGCGGGCCCCCCUCGUGUCAGGCAGCCUGGACGGGGGCAGCGUGCCCUUUAUUCUCAGCCCCCUGCUGCAGCCUGAAGGGCCUGGUCCCACCCAGGUGGGGAAGCCGGCAGCCCCAGCGCUCACUGUGAACAUCGUGGGCGCUCUGCCGGUCCUGUCGCCGGGCCUGGGGUCCACACUGGGCAGCCCCGGCAAGGUGCGCAACGCCGGCAAGUACCUGUGCCCACACUGUGGCCGGGACUGCCUGAAGCCCAGCGUUUUGGAGAAGCACAUCCGGUCCCACACGGGUGAGAGGCCCUUCCCGUGCGCCACCUGCGGCAUCGCCUUUAAGACCCAGAGUAACUUGUACAAGCACAGACGGACCCAGACACACCUCAACAACUCCAGGCUGUCCUCCGAGUCGGAGGGCGCCGGGAGCAGCCUCCUGGAGGAGGGGGACAGGGCCAGAGAGCCUUCCGGGGCCCACGAGGCACAAUCAGAGAGACCACUUUCUCCAGGCGCCCAGGCCGUUGGGCACUGCCCGCUGCCCACCGCGCAUCUGUCCCCGGUUGCCAAGAACCUGGAUCCGAAGUUGGAUGCUGUUCCCUGUCCAGGGUCCACGUUCGAUGUCAGGGAGGCCCCUGUAGACGCUGCCCCGGGGCUGCCGCUGGCCAGCUCGCAGCCGAGGCGGAAGAUGCUGGAGCAGCGGUCCCCGACGGCCCGCAGGCCGAGCCCCGCGCGGCAGCAGCAGGUGGAGAAGCCCGGGGACGCCAGGCCUGCGGAGGGCCGGCUGCGGAAGUGCGAGAGCACCGACUCGGGCUACCUGUCCCGCUCGGACAGCGCGGAGCAGCCUCCGGCCGCCGGCAGCCCCCUGCACAGCCUGUCAGAGCACAGCGCCGAGUCCGAGGGCGAGGGCGGCCCGGGGCCCGGGCGCGCGGAGCGGGCGGCCGGCCUGGAACUGGAGAAGAGGCGGCUGGAGGAGCGCAUCGCCCGGCUCAUCUCGCACAACCAGGCCGUGGUGGACGACCCCCAGCUGGCCCACGUGCGGCCCCGCAAGACGGUGCUGUCCAAGCAGGGCAGCAUCGACCUGCCCAUGCCCUACACCUACAAGGACUCCUUCCACUUCGACCUGCGGCCGCCGGAGCCCAGGAGGGUGCCCGCCGCCCUGCGCGCCGCGCGCUCCACCUGCGCGCGCUCCACCUGCUCGCCCCUGGACAGGGCGCGGCCCCUCUUCUUCCACUCGGUGCCCACGCAGCUCUCCACGGGCACCGAAUGCGUGCCCGUCACCAGGAGCAACUCGCUGCCCUUCGUCGAGGGCACGGGGACGUGGCCGGAGCCGCCAGACCCCCGGGAUGCCUGGGCCCGGAGGCAGAAGCCUCUGAACCCCAGGCCCGCCCCCGCCCGACUGACCGAUGUCCCCGGCGCUCACCCCCGGGCCCUGGUCAGACAGGCUGCAGUGGAGGACCCGCCGUGUCCCCCGGCCGAGGACCCGGAUGGAAAGAGAUCGGCCGUGGGGGAGGGGGCGGCCGGCAAGGGCCAGGCUGCGUGUAAGAAACGCGGCCAGAGGAAGCUGAAGAUGUUCUCCCAGGAAAAGUGGCAGGUGUACGGGAAGGACACGUUCAAGAGCAUCUACCAGAAGACGAAAGCUGGCCACCAGGGCGGCAAGAAGGCGAGGGAGGUGACAGUGGGCGGUGGAACCCAGCUGGACCGUCCUCUCCAGCAAGGGGCAGCGCCUGGGGAGGACGCGGCGCCUGGGGAGGGCGCGGCCCCCUCUCAGGACAGGAGGAGGACCCCAGUCCCAGAGGACGCUGCUGUGGGGGCCAAGCCAGCGCCUUGGGCAAGUCCACCAGCCCCAGAGGGCCUCUUGGUGACGGAGUCCCCCAGGCAGAGGGAGACAGUGGCCGGAGCGGGAGGCAGUGACCAGCCCAGUGUGAACAGGGCAGCCUCGCCCCCCUCCCUCAGCUGCAAGGAAGCCCUCUGUUUGUGCAGCAGGGACCCUCUGCUUCCUCCACACGGGGGGCUGGAGCUGGGGUGUCAGCUGCUCCCAGCCCCUGGUGCCCCCAAAGGAGGUGACCUCGAGGCUCCCAGGCCGGGUUUGCCAGACCCCAAGCUGGAAGACGGCCCCUGUGGCGGUGGGGGCGCCAAGGAGAACUGUCAGCAGGCCCGUGUGGUCCUGAGACAGCCCGCCGGCAGCUCUGGGGAGUCCCAGCCCACAGAGGACAAGCUCCCCUCGGAGAGAAAGAAGCUGAAAGUGGAGGUGCUAAGCUGCCAGGACCCCCUGCCAGCAGGAGGCGAGACCCUGGAGGGCCCCGUGCAGGCCGCAUCCCUGCCACCUCAGAACUGGGACUGUGACCCUGGGGAGAAGCCAGGGGGGCUGCCUGGAAGUGGCGACUGCACGGCGAGAGGCAGGGCGGGGGCCCUGAGGUGGGCAGGACCUCAGGACACGGAGCUUCUGCCGCGUCCUGCAGCUGCAGCCCCCGGGUGUCCCUCCCGGCUGGCCUCCCAGCCUCCAGGCCCUGGCGUCCUCGCUGGCCCGGUGGACAGAGCCUUCCCCCCCCAGUACCUCCUCAGGUUACCCCAGGGGGAAACCCGUCCUCCGCUGCCCAUCCCCCAGAAGCAGGACCGAGGCCAGGACGCUCUCUGCAGGAGCGGGGCUGCCGAGGAAGGGGCCUCCUUUGUGGAAUCAGGGCUGGGGGCCCUCCUGACUCCCGAUGCAACAUCAGGCCAGGCCCCCGGUGGAGCAGACAGCUUCAGGGAGAACCCCAGCUGCUCUAAGCCGUGCGACAGGAGGAAAGGGGUGCAGGGAGAGGAAAAAGGAGGCUUGGACGCUGACACCCCAGUGGCCGGGGUCCCCAGGGGGGCAGCCUCCUUCCUGCCCACCCUAACAUGUGACUCCUGGAAGAGUGGAGCCCAUGACACCCAACAGGUCUGCGGGAGCAGCACUUGGGCGAGGGCCAGGCCCUCCGGGGGCAUCCUCAAUCCCUGGGAGCCCAGUGGGGAGCUGGGGGGGCCUCCUGAGAGUGCCCCUCGAGGCCCUCCCUCAAAGCCGCUAGCAGGGCUCAGUGCUGGCUGCUCGCGCCAGCCCAGCUCCUUCCUCUCGGCCCUCAUGCCCCUGGGCUGGCCCGAGGUGGCCUUAUGUACCCACGCAGAGGCCCUGGGGAGCUGCGGGGCCCAGGGCCCAUUCCCCUCGCUGAGGGCCGAGCCCCGGCUCACGUGGUGUUGCCUGAGCCGCAGCCUCCCUCUCCCAAUGGAGCAGAAGGAGAAGGGCGCUUCCGUGUACCUGGCGCUGCAUUUCCCUGGUGGCAGCCUGCCGGGUGAGGGUCCGGAUGCCCAGCCGAGGAGCAAAGCAGUAUCUGGAGGAUGGACCAGGAUAAGACCUGGAGAAGGAGGGCAGACGCAGACAUUGAAGCUCUCCGACCCGACAGCCCCAGGGAUGCCAUCCCCGGCCUGGGUGUCUGAGCCAGAACGGAAGAAAGGACGGCCUCGUAGGAGGGCGAAGAUGCCUCGUGGGAGCAGCAAGCAAAGACAACUGAGCAUCCGCUCCAAAAGGUACAAAGGGAAUUUCUUGCAAAGCCGUGCCCCGCUGAGAGCCAGUAGACUGCGGAAGCCACACUGGGGGCUGAGGAAAGAUGGCCACCAGCCCCCACCUGAGGGGCUGGCCCCACGCAGGACCCGAGGGCAGGCUUCUUCGGAAACGACAGGUCUAAAUCUGUCAAAGGAGCCACGUUGUGUUGCCUCAGGAUUGUCUCUUUGUGUUGGGAAUGGAGAGAAAGAGGGGGAGGAAGAGGAGGAGGAGGAUGAGGGCUGCGGACACAGCUCGGGAAGCUCCUGUCCUCACCCAAGUUCAAGGACUGUCAAGGAAACAGACAGAUCAAUCGCAAAGGAGAUUUCUCCAUCUGCCCGUGAGCGUGGGGAUGGUGGUCCUCUGAACACAGCUGUGGGGUCAGGAGUGUCUCUGCCAUCUGACUCCUUGGUGGCAGUGGCUACUGACACAAUUCCAGCCCGGGGCAACGGUCUCGACAUGGGAUUGCUUGAGACUCACCAGCCACUCCCCCAGGAGCGAGUUUCAACAGACCCCACACUGCGCAUUUUCUCAGAUGCUCAAGAGCCUUCUUCCUUUGAGUCCAAAGGAACUUCUCUCCACCAUGACCUUGCUACCUCUGCAGCUGCCUUCUGUCCUUCUCUGGGGGCGAAAGCAGAUCACACAACCCUGGGAAUUCACAGCGUGGAACCACAACACCACAGUCAGGGUGCAGAGGAGACUCUGACACAAAGCUCCCCAGACAGAAAAACGAUAGCAGAGGACGUGUCCCCAACACUCUUCCCAGGGAAACCUUCAUCUGCGCAGAGACUUUCAGGUUCAGUUCCACUGGGGUCCACUGGAAAAACUCAUCUCGAAAUAUCAGGUUCAGGACGAGGUUCGGCUGGUUCACACCAAGAGGAAGAGAAACACAAGACAUCUUUCCCUUCUGGGGGGCAAUAUGGGUGUGGGGAAGGGCUGGUCCCCUGCCCUCCUGUAGGAAACGGAAGUGGACAAUGUCAAGGACCUGGACUCGUUGCUCUAAAAGAGGGUGUGGCUCCUUCUAGCCCAGAGCAGCCCACGGAGAUCCUGGCGGCCCCUUCGAAAACCUUCAGGAAGAAGAGUUUGGAGGGAAUGAGAAAGCAGACUCGUGUGGAGUUCAGCGACACCAGCAGCGAUGAUGAAGAUCGGUUGGUGAUAGAAAUCUGA